UUAUUAAUUAAGUCUUGCUCAAAGGUUCCGUUCUUCGAACAAUCGUGCCGUCGGAAAUCCUUUCUUGUAGUUGAUUGAGUAAUGUGGAACAAAACAAAAAGUAGAAGAUUUAGUGGAAUAUACUCGGUUGCUAGACGGAUGAUCGAUAGUCCGGUUGUUUGUUUGUUUUUCUUUUUUAUUUUCUGCUGGUUUCCCCCUUUCCCCGUUUCAUUUCUAAUCCGGCCUCUAUUGUUGACUGAAAUUGAAAAUUUAUUAAAAUUUUAAUAAUUCAUAUUCCUCUCCAGCCUUCCGCCUCUAAUGUCCAUACUUCAUAAUUUCGCUCUUUUGUGUAUUUUCCAAGUCUAUUUAUCACCAGAGUUGAGCUGCGAUACUAUGUUUGUUGUUGUGUCUUAUGCAUCUUUUUUCUGUCUUUUGCUAUUUUUGUACAGUACAGCAAGGAUCAAAACUGUUAGUUGUGACUCCAGAAAUGGAAUAAUAAAUAUGAGGCAAGAAUAUGAAUGAGUGGCGCGCACAAUUAUUAUUUUUCACAGUUCACUUCUGCAGUAGAGUUGUUUGGUGAUGCGAGGCCACGGCGACGUCAGCCAGUAGUUAGGCAAGGCUAGGCAGGCAGGCAGUCAAGCUAGUACCGGCUUCUUUCUUUCUUUCUUUCUCUUUUUUAUUUUCCCUUCUACUUUUGUGCCAAGUCUUUUUCCGCUAUUAGCUCCCACUUUGGUUGUUUGUAUUUACUCUAUCCAGUAUAGCUCGCUGGUACUCUUCAAUGCAACUGUUUAUUGGGAUAAGAUUGGGAUCCAGCUCAGCUGAUGAAAAAUAAGAACACUCUUCAAUUCUGUUCUCUGAAUUAUUCAUAACGCCAUUCAAUACUUCAGCUUCUUUAAUCUAGUUUUUUUUUUACCACAGCACUUAAAUAGCUCGCCUUUUAAGUUUCGACUAGAACAAAAAUUAUUGUCUAAGUCUAGCAGUAUUUACCUGUAGUGCCUUCUGAUUUUUCGUUUGGUUUAUUCUUGUUUUCUUUGGCGCGGUAAUUAAAAAAGUGCCUAACCAAAUGCGUCAAAUACCGAUUCGAGUUUAGUCUUGACAAAAACAUAAAAGAGCUCAUUUAUACUUGAUAUACAAAUCUCUAGUUAAUUUUUGGCUGCAAUGUCUUGCUGGUGUUAUGAACAAAAGUAAAAAUAAAAAUUACGUGUUUAGAUUUGGUUGAAAAGUGUAUGAAUGAGUGCGCAUUGCAUUGACUUGUUUUAACAUCUGUGGGUGCGUGAUAAGUUUCUAAGCUCCAUCUGCGACCGCGCUUGACAAUUCAGUUGUAACUUUUUCACUAGGAACAAACAACAUCAAUGCUCUGUUGGAAUCAUUAAACCAUUCCUUCCUUGCAAAAAAUAAUAACUCAAAACAAACUAUUAUUUUUGCACAAACGAACGAAACUAUAAAAAACACUAUCCUCAUAUAUUGUUAUUCCAUUCAACUGGAUUACUUUUUAUCAUUCAGUCAGAAAUCAAUAGCCAAAAAUUUGGCGCCUCUUAAUUUCCAUUUAUAGCUUUAUUUCGGCAAAAUUAUCAGCGCUUUAAAUGAAGCGUGGUUCCGAUGCAGACCUGUUCACCCCGACGCCGGCUGCAGUCGCCAGUGCUCCGGCAACCGCGGCCGGCCACUACGCCUCCGCCCAAAACGUUGCCCAGGGCUCCCAGCCUAACGCACAGCAAAUGAUGCAUCCCCACCUAGCCAGUCAGCUGGCAGCCCUGGGAGCAGCCGGCGCGGGCGGGCCCGGGUCCCUGCCCGGCUACGGUGGAAUCUCGGCUGCUAAUAUGAACAUGUUUCAGCAAGUGUCGCAGUUUGCAGGAAACGACGCCAAGAAGGUGAAACUGGACACAUUCACAGGCGGCCCAGGAAUCCAAGGAGGUCAGCCGAAUCAAAAUUAUCAUGGACCAGGAGUCCAACAUCAGCAACAACAACAAUUGGGAAAUCUUGGAGGCUGUUUGCCUCCAUCUAGAUACGUGACCAUCAGCAACCUCCCGGAAGGAACAACUCAACAGGAAAUAAUUGGACUGGGAAUUAAGGAUGGAAAAAUCAGUGCGGCUCAUGUUGAAGAUAUGAAGCGACAGGGGUAUCUGGCGUUUGAAGAGGAACACAUGGCUGUCCAGAUGGUGUCCCGUUGCAGAUCAUCGCCUCCAAUUCACAGGGGAAACCAGCUCUCGGUCUCCUUUGGAUCGGCUAAGGAUAUGAAGCAAGUUUCAAACACGAACAACAGCGGUCAUUAUAUGAGUUCCGGUAGAGGCGGAGGAAGUCCAGACACAGGUGCCUCCAUGCACUAUGGCGGCGGAGGAGGACCAGUUGGCGAUGAGAGGACAGUGCUGCGGGUGAUUGUAGAGAUGGGCGAGAACACUAAUAUCUACAGUCAGGUCAACCUGGAAGUACUGCACCAUUUGUUCAGCAGAACUGGCCAGGUGUUGAAAAUCAUCACCUUUGCGAAACCUGGAUACCCACAACAGUUCCAGGCACUAAUCCAGUACAACGAGCCCAGGUCAGCCCAGACAGCAAAGGAGAAUUACGACGGACAGAAUCUGUACUACGGGUGUUGUCCUCUCAAAGUAGAGUACUCGAAACUCACGAAUCUGAAUGUGAAAUAUAAUAACGAGAAGAGCCGUGAUUAUACUAGACCAGAUCUGCCGACUGGAGAAAACACAACACCUGUGAUGGCGAACCCAAUGGAUCAGACUACACUGGCGCUAGCUGCUCAACAAGGACUUCUGAAUCAGUUUGGAAUAAAUCCAGCCGCAUUGGGCUCCCAAUACUCGAUCAAUCCAGCCGCCUUCAGCCAGCUUACACCGCAAAAUGGUCUGCCGGCUGGAAACUCGACGACAAAUUUGAUCAACCAGCUCAGAGCAAACCAAUUGCCCCCCGCCCUGACUCUCCCAAUGGGAAUGACCCCCGCGGGAAUGGUGAUGGGGGCGUCCCCGGCCAAUUCCAACUGUGUAUUGCUUGUUGGGAAUCUCGACACAGUGAAAGUCACAUGCGAUGGUCUAUUUACUCUCUUCGGAGUGUAUGGGGAUGUGCAACGUGUGAAGAUACUGUUCAAUAAGCAAGAUAGUGCACUUAUACAAAUGUCCAAUGAAGAGCAGGCGAAGCUAGCGAUGGACAACUUGCACGACGUGAAAGUAUAUGGACGUGAGAUGCGUGUUUCCAUGUCUAAGCACCAAGUAGUCCAGCUGCCGAAAGAGGGCCAGCAAGAUGCCGGACUCACCAAAGACUACUCCAAUUCGCCCCUGCACCGUUUCCGCAAACAGGGCUCAAAAAACUUCCAGAACAUAUUCCCGCCUUCAGCCACUCUCCAUCUUUCAAACAUCGCACCAGGAGUUACUGAGGAACAGGUGCUGGAAGCAUUCAACAAGAAGAACAUAGAGGUCAUGUCCUUCAAAUUUUUCCCAAAUGAUCACAAGAUGGCCUUGGUACAGUGUAGGAGUCGCGAGGAAGCUAUAAUGGCUUUAAUUGAGACACACAACUACCAGUUAGGAGAGAACCAUCACCUGCGAGUAUCCUUCAGCAAGACCCAGAUGGGAAUGGGUGCAAACAGCGCUUCACAGCAGCACCAAAACCAGCACGGGCCUUCAAUCGAGUCCGCGGGAGGGGCUGGGGACGCAAUGAACAUGCAACACAUGGGCUGAGAAGUUACACCACUUUUAGAGGCAAACUCAACUGCAUUCAUUGCAGAUUAAAUUGAAUUAUUUCAUUCUGGAUGGAAAACAACGCAAAAACUAUUUAAACACCGGAAAAUUAUUUUGAAAUAGAGAAAUUUACCCAACGUCGGCGCAAACAUUUGUUAUCAUUGAUCAAAAACUCAAAUCUUCUCGUUGGAGCGAUCAAAAAGAGCAGGCUUAGGGAAGUUAGCUUAUACCCAUUUAGAUGUAAUCGAAUCAAACUUCCAUGAAACUUCUUUAUUAUAGGGACCUGUGCUCAGCCAAAUUAUGAAAUUCAUCAUUGUCAUUACAAUUACAAAUCGAAACUCGUGUCUAUUGCCUUAACCAAAACAGAUGGUAUUCAGUCAUAAAUUUGAUUUCAAUCAUAUCCUGAUUCAGAUGUGGUUCAGAUUUUCAAUGAACAUGAGUUGUUUUGGUUGAGUAAAUCGUUCAUUGCAAAAAGUUCUUUAAUUUUCAUCUAAUUUAAGUUCAGCUGGUGCUCAACGCUUCCGAUUAACUAUAAUUACUAACAUCUAUUUCAAGUUAAAUUAUGUAUGAUGUUUAAGAAAGUAGUUUGCGCAGUGCCGUACGUAUUGAAGUCGAUGAUGGUGAUGAUGUCACAAAUUUUGACCGAUUUAUCCUGUUUUAUGUUUUCCUGUCCUUCCUUGACCUUUCUUUGUCCUUUGACCUGCUGUGACCUUUGACCUUUUCUCCUCCUACCUGCUCCUCUUUUGUCCUCCUGAACUCCAGGUGGUCUCUAGUCAUCUGUAAAGACCUCUUGUAGAAUCAGAAUCCUGCUAUCAUCAGUCGUUUUUUUUUCAGUCUAAUCCCAAUUGUCAUGCGUCUAACACACACACACAACUCUUUUUCACGUCUGAAUAUCAAAGAAUCAACGCACCCUUCACCCAAACUGCUAUGAAUUGAAAUUUAAUUUCUGAAUACACCCUUAAUAAUUCAGUGCUUCAAGUGAUAUCGUGCUAUCUAAUUAUAAAACCUUAACCUAAAUUUGACCAAUCUAGCUCUCAAGUUUGAAAAGUGCCUACUUGUUUUAACGCACCAGUCACUAUUGUUAUAUUUAUGGACCUAACGAGCCAUGAAUUAAAAUAGAAAAAGUUAAAUAUAAAUUCGGUGUUUUUUGGAAAGAUUAAUGUCCAUUAUUGCCAAGUGCUAUCCCAGUGUCAGAUCCAUUCAAUUUGAAUCAAUUCAUUCCAGCGGUGAAGUAACGAAAAAUUGUCAACCGCGUCUGCGUCUGUUUCCAUUAAGUUUAUUCUGUUCAAAGUUCAACGCGCAUCCAUCAUUAUGAUAAGAUGCACUCAUUUUACAUAUCUAAUAUACGCUGCUAGCUGCGGCACUUUUACAAUCAGUUUAUGUGAGUAAUUGGCAUUUUGAAUUAUCAAUGUUUUGGUUACUGAAGCGAAGUCUGUGUUUAAAUGGACUUGCGAAUGCUACUGUUUAAUGGAAUAAUUGGACUAAUGAUACUAGAAAUUUAAGUAAAAAUUGUAAUUUAGUUAUUUUAUUUAAAUUAAAGUUCUGUUUAA